UUUACAAAUGGAAACAUGGAAAAGACCCGGAAAUGGCGUUUCUCAAGGAAAGCGAAAAGAACAGCAGCCUCUCCGAUUCAGAAAAUGCGUUUGCAAAUAAUCAUAUUGCUUCUCUCGUGUAUCUUGGCAACUGGAAUCAAUUCGAUAUAUGAUGAGUUUAAGGUGGAUGGGGAAGUGUUGGAGUUGGACGAAUUCAACUUUGACUCCGCCGUUUCCUCUUUCGAUUACAUCCUCGUCGAUUUCUACGCCCCUUGGUGCGGCCACUGCCAGCACCUUUCCCCACAGUUAGAUGAAGCUGCUCCUGUUCUUGCAGGAUUGAAAGAUCCGAUAGUGAUUGCCAAAGUUAAUGCUGACAAAUUUACCCGUCUUGCUAGUAAACAUGAUGUUGAUGCAUACCCUACCCUCAAGCUCUUUAUACAUGGGGUUUCUAUGGAUUAUUAUGGACCAAGGCAAUCAGACGGUCUUGUUCAGUUUCUGAAGAAAUUUGUUUCUCCCGAUGUGUCUAUUCUUACUUCAGACUCUGCCAUUAGUGGUUUUAUUGAAGAAGCUGGGACUUUCUUUCCUAUAUUCAUAGGUUUUGGCUUGAAUGAGACGGCUCUAUCUAAUUUAGCUGUCAAGUACAAGAAAAGGGGAUGGUUUUCUGUGGCAAAGAACUUCUCUGAUGAUGCCAUGGUGUUGUAUGACUUUGAAAAAGUACCUGCUUUGGCAGCUAUUCAUCCUAACUAUAAGCAACAAAGCAUUUUCUAUGGCCCUUUUGAAGAUAAACUUUUGGAGGAUUUUAUAAAACAGAAUUUUCUCCCUCCAGUGGUGCCCUUGAACCAUGAGACGUUGAAGCUAUUGAAAGAUGAAGAGAGAAAAAUUGUCCUGACAAUCACAGCGGAUGAGAAUGAAGACCAAUCACAGAACUUGAUCAAGUUAUUGAAGGAGGCUGCAUCUGCAAAUCGUGAUUUGGUAUUUGGUUAUUUUGGCCUUAAGCAAUGGGAAGACUUCGCUGAUAAAUUUGAUGCUAAGGAGAAGACAAAUUUACCGAAAAUGAUUGUCUGGAAUGGAGAUGAAGACUACUUUUCUGUUAUUGGUAUUGAAAGUCUUGAUGAUGAGGAUCAGGGGUCUCAAAUCUCACAAUUCCUUGAAGGAUAUAGACAAGGAAGAACAGAAAAGAAAACGGUGAAAGUACCAUUGUUUAUGGGACUUCUCAACUCAGUAGUUGGCAUUGGAGUGUUCUUCAUAAUUCUCUUUGUUGUCGCGAUGAUGAUCAUGAUGAUCGUCCUUAUGAUUAUUAUUCGUAAAGACGAUGAACCUCAAACAGUUGGCAGUCGUGACAAGGUUGAUCAUGCUGGGAACUCCGACCCCGGAAGCAGUCUGUAUGGAGUUGAGACGAAAGAAGAUUAGAUCAGGCAUAUUUGAACAUGAAAAUGU